CAAAGUGAUGAACAACUUUUCUCAUCAUAAGCUGGUUUUGUUUUUGCAGGGAUGAUGGGGAGAUUGCCUUACCAUGAUGGAAAUGGCCUGAAGAAAGGGACUUGGACGCCUGAGGAAGACCGUAUUCUUGUAGAUUACAUUCAGAAACAUGGGCAUGGAAGUUGGAGGGCUCUUCCACAGUUAGCAGGAUUAAACAGGUGUGGAAAAAGUUGCAGGUAUAGAUGGACUACUUAUCUCAGGCCUGAUAUUAAGAGAGGAAAGUUUUCCGAGGAAGAAGAGCAAACCAUUAUCAAUCUUCAUAAAGUUCUUGGCAAUAAGUGGUCUACAAUAGCAACCCAUCUCCCUGGACGAACAGAUAAUGAAAUUAAAAAUUUCUGGAACACCCGUCUGAUGAAGAAGCUUCUCCAAAUGGGGAUUGAUCCAGUGACUCACAGGCCAAGAACUGAUCUCAACAUUCUAGCUAACCUGCCACAGCUGCUUGCUGCUGCCAACUUUAGUAACCUAAUGAAUAUUCCUUUAGACAAUGCUCUCAGGUUGCAAUCAGAUGCUGCACAGCUUGCCAAAAUCCAAUUGUUGCAUAACAUACUUCAAGUUCUUGGUACUUGUAGUAGUAGUUGUACUCCUCCGACUAUGGAAGCAAUGAACCUUAUUCUAGCUGGACCAACUUUCCAGGAAAAUCAUCAGCUAUAUGAACUCCUUAGAAUAAAUUCUCGGCAUGAAGGGAAUGGUAAUCUCCCCUUUGGCUUUGCCACACAUGAACUUCCACAAUUACAGUCAAAUAUUCUUAACAUCGAAGCUUAUCAACAUCAGCCACAGUUCAGUCAAUAUCAUCAGCCAAUGAAAGUCUUAAAAAUUUGUUCCAACAACAAUGUUCAAUUUGCUUCUUCCUCUUCAUCUUCUGCUCUUCCGACUUCAACUCCACCGCUUCCAGCAUUAGUUCCAGCCUCACCCGAACUUCCACCAACUACUGUUAAUCAAACUGAAAACAAAAUUAACCCAAACGAUAACCCUUCAUUUCCUUCGACCACCUUUGAAGCUUUGGGAAAUCUUAUGGAUGAUGAAGCAAGUGACUCUCACUGGAGAGACAUUAUACACCAGGCAUCAUCACAAUCAUGGCCCAUCUCUUAG